GUAACACUCAAUACAAUAUUUAUGUAUAGCAACCUGUUACAUGUAUAUACAACAUGCAUUUAAUGUGAAUUCCUUAUUAAUAAGACAUAAAUGGAAAAUUUGAUUUCUUCGUUUCAACGGCUCUUCAUCUUAUUACACAUUUUAAAGGGUUAACAAUGCAACAGCUUAUUCAGUCAGAAAUCUGCGCUAACAAUAUACACCUUCAGCUCUUUGAGCCAACCAUUAUUGCAAAUCCAUUUCGUGAAGUAAGUUACGUUCUGCAAAAAACUGACGAUGAUGCUGUUUUCUUGAUCGAGACAAUACCUGCCAAAGAGCCGUGUAAAACAAGUGGAAAUUUUCGUUUUUACGAAGGAAGCGGUAAAACCGGAAUUCUCCGUUAUGAGCAUGGAUGUAUGGCUGAGGUGAAGACAUGGGUUGCUGACAGCAACACUGUUUCUAUGGAUGUUAAUAAACCAGCAUUUUCUGUUUGGACGCUUUUAGCCAAAGAUCAAUCUCAAGGUGCAUGUUUAGGUGAUCCAGUGAAUUUAUUAGCCGAACGAAGAGAAAAAUUCAUUACCACUGCUACUUUUCCCAGGCAAUACCCUGCACAGGUUAACUGUACAUGGAAUAUAACAUCGCAAAAUAACAGAAACAUAGCACUGACCGUCUAUUAUCUGGAUGUCGAAGUAGGUCCUGAGUGGAACUGUGUUUUUGAUUAUAUCAAAAUUCAAUCAGAUGGUAAAGAUGAAUAUUUAUGUGGUGAGAAUAUAUGGGAUAAAGAAACGUUUCAUGGCUCUCAUUUUCUUGUGGAUUUUAUAAGUGACAAAAGUGGAGUAAGAAAUGGUUUUUUAAUUGGUUUUCAUGAACUGCAGAUUAUACACGACGAUUUAUAACUAAAAUAAAA